AUGUUUCGCCAAAUUGCAUUAAGACAAACUAAGACCAUCUCAUCCUCGAUGAGACCAUUCAGUCAAACCCCUGCCAACUCGGGGGUGAUUGAUGCGGCCAAGGAGGCAUUGAAGACUGCCAACAAGAAGAUUGGCGAGGUUGCUGCUGACGGCAUAGAAAAAGCCGAGCAGGUCACCCCAAAUAAGGACACCGUGAUCAAUGCUGCCGACAAGGUCAACAAGAAGACUGGCGAAGUGUUAUCUGAAGGAAUAGACAAGGCUCAAAAGGUGACGCCUAACCAGGACGACUUGUCGCAGGCCGCUGAGAACGUUGGUGACAAAGUGGCUGAUGCUGCUGACAAGGCCAACAAGAAGACUGGCAAAGUGUUAGCCGACGGAAUAGACAAGGCUGAAAAGGCCGUGCCAAACGCCGCCAACAACGCCAAGAGCAAGGUUGCCAAAAACCACGAGGGGUACAAGGACUUGCAAGACAAGGGCUCCAAGACUGAGACUGAACAAAACCGUCCAGAUGACGCUGUUUAG